CCAGUCCUUCCUUUCACCUCCAACACACCAAACAAUGUCCCACAGCAAAAGAAACACCUCCCUAGCCUUCUUCACAGCCUGGGAGCGCGCCGAGCUAAAAUCAACCUGGGGCUCCCAAUCCACCCGCCUAACCCGCGACUCCUUCCUCCCCUUCGCCAGCUGCCAACUCUGCCUCCUCCCCUCCCGCGACCCCGUCGCGUGCCCGAGCCAUGGCCACUUGUUUUGCAAAGAGUGCGCGGUGAGUAAUUUGCUUGCGCAGAGCAAGGAGUUGAAGAGAGGGAAGAGGGAGGCGGAGAGGCGGCGGCUUGAGAAUGAGGGGGAGAGGGAGGCGGAGGGGGAGGAGGCAAGGGCGAGGGCGGUGGAGGAGUUUGAGAGGGUGCAGGCUGGGUUGAGCGUGAGGUCUGGAGCGGGGGAGAGCAGGAUUGUAGGCCGAGGAGAGGGGAAAGUCACCCUGGAGCAAGACACCGGCGGCGACAGUGGCGCGCGAGGCACGAAACGCAAAUUCGAACUCGACGAGGAGGAGCUCGCGCGUUUGGGCAAAGAGGACAUGGCCAAGAGUCGACGCCGCGAAUCCACAGAGCCGAAGAACCGAAAGGACUUACCCUCCUUCUGGAUCCCCAGCCAAACACCCACAAACCACAAAGCCAGCCUGACAAAACCCCUCAAACAACACCCCACCUGCCCAGCCGCAACACCAGAGAACCCCCACGACUUCUCCCUCAAACUCCUGGUGGACGUGCACUUCCAAUCCGACAAAAACCUCUCAGACCCCGACGUCCCAACUCGCACAUGCCCAAGUUGCGACAAAGCCCUCUCCAACAGCACGAAAGCCGUGCUCGCCAAGCCGUGCGGCCACGUGCUGUGCAAACCGUGUAGCGACAAGUUCCAAAAAGCGGCGGAGCGCUCGGCGCACGAGGAGGUGCACGAUGGGGCUGUGAGGUGCUAUGUUUGUCAAGAGGACGUCACGCCCGGUAGUAAGAAGGGGAAGCGCGAGGAGAAGGAGAGGAGUGUGCAGCGAGGGUUGGUGGAGAUUAGUUCUGAUGGGACGGGGUUUGCGGGCGGGGGGAAGAAUAUGGUUAGGAAGCGGGGGACGGCGUUUCAAUGCUAGACAGGAUGGGAUUGAUGAAAUGGUGAUGUCGUAUAGUGAACAGACGAGACGAUGGACAGAUCAUAUUUCCUCGAUCAAAGGUCCGACUCAUGCAAAUGCCGCUAGCUACGCA